UUAUCUUUCAAACAUGUGGGAAAGAUCAAACAUCAUCCAAUCUUGAAAACCUAGAGAGACACUACUAACAUGGCUGUCAGCUCAACAGUUUUGUCGUGUCCGACAAUGCUGGGAAGAAUCAGGUCUAUAGCGGCGGAGAUGAGAACAUUACGGUCGGGAGCCAAGUGCCAGUUGUCAACUGUAAAACCCUCCAAGUAUUCAUCUAAAUUCUCUACCGAUGUUCAAUUGCACGAGUCUCCUCAGGCGUUGUUCGAUGAGUAUUUGGAGGAUAAGUGUAGGGUUUUCAAAGCAAUGUUUCCUGACAAACCUAGAAGCUAUAGGCUUAACGAGGAAGAAUGGAGAAUUCAUAUGUCACCUAUAAAUUUCCUCUUCCUCACUGCAAGGCCAGUGGUGGACAUGCGGAUUAGAUGUAAAUCCAACGGUCAAGAUUACCCGCCUGAUGUACCUCUAGACAUAACCAGAGUUCUUGAGCUUAACAUGAUGAAAUGGGAGCUUCAAGGGCUUGGCCAGGUCAUGGAACAGUCUGAUUUCACUCUGGGAGUUCAAGGAGCAUUGUACCCAGACCGAGGCGGAAGCCACACAAGGCUCAAAGGUCAAUUAGAGAUGAACGUAAGCUUCGUCCUUCCUUCGGUUCUUGCGUUUGUACCCGAAGAUGUUAAGAGAAGUGUGGCCAAUGCGAUUUUGACUGGUUUGGUGGAUAGCAUGAAGCAUAAGGUUGUUGAGAGCUUGCUCGCUGAUUAUAACAGGUUCAAGCAUGAAAGAAAAACACACGACUAGUUCUAAAUCUCAAGGCUUAGGCUCUAAUUGUUUCAAAUGUAAUUUACGCGUUUCUAAUAAAACAAAACAAUUUGCAUCA